CGUGACCCGGAAGUACUCUGUCAUUCUCACCCGCUUCAUAGCGGUGCGACCUUGUGCAAGCGUGAUUUUAUAAACGAACCUAUUUAUCGUAACCUAUAAUAGUUGUUUCAUUGAAAUGAUGGUGAAGAUAUCAUAAAAGAUCAAUUUCUAACAUAGUUAAUAGUCAUAACUUGCAGCUAUGCUUUCUCUAAUCAAGUCCGCUCUUGUCGGAUUGGCCAACGGUGGUAGAUCAACGGGGGUCCAAGAUGUCCUGCAGAGCCAUUUGAAGGUCCUGUCUGCUGGGAUGAAGACAUACGAGGUGCCUCCAGACUACAGCGAGGUUGUGCUGCCUGAACGGCCCAAGCUGAAGUUUCUGAACAAGGUGCCGAACUUUAAGAAGGCGAGGAAGGAGAUGAAGAAGCUAAGAGACAUCCAGGGACCAGCCCAGACAGCCAACACCUUCACCAAGGGACAGUACGGCAUCGUGGCGCUGGGCGGGGGUUACCUCCACUUCGGUCACAUGGAGAUGAUGCGUCUGACCAUCAACAGGAGGAUGGACCCUCGAACCACCUUCGCCCGCUGGCGCAUUAACGCCCCCUACAAGCCCAUCACCAGGAAGGGCCUGGGCCAGAGGAUGGGAGGGGGGAAGGGGGCGAUAGACCACUACGUAACGCCGGUGAAGUACGGACGGAUGAUUGUGGAGGUGGGGGGUCGGCUGGAACUGGGGGAGGUGGAGCCUAUCCUCAAGGAGGUGGCCAAGAAACUGCCCUUCCCUGCCAAGGUAGUGUCCAGAGAGAGCCUGGCAGCCAUGCAGCGAGAACAGCAGGACAUGGAACUUAACAACCAGAACCCCUGGACCUUCCAGAGGAUCGCCAGGGGCAACAUGCUGGGGGUCAGGAGGGUCCUCAGCCCCUUUGACCUCCACAAUCACGGGAAGUACAGCGGAAAGUUCCACAACCCAGGGAGGGUGUGAGGGGGGGGGGUCGUGGUGGUGCCCUCAAAGACAUUUUAACAGCUGCCUCCGACUGCUCUCUGGAACAUGGCUUGCAUCCAUAAUGACAGCCUAUACGGGGCAGGACUUUCGACCAGAGCCCAGGUGUGAUGUACAACGCAGCCCAUGUGACCAAAAUGGCUGCCAGUCACCGUGGAGAAUUCUCUCCUUCUGUGCGACUCCCUUUAUUGUAAUGUAGCCUGUUACUGUAUGUCCCAGAUCAGUGAUUGGUGUCCAAUCAGGAAAAAAUAAAGAUACUUGUCUGAAA